UUUUAAGGCGAAAAAAAAUCUCAACGACUAGAACUAAUUUUCGCCUCAAACUAAGGAACGGUGAAAGAAAAGAAGAGGCCGAAUCAAAAUCGUCAGAGUCACUCACAGUAGUUGAGCUCUCCCUCCACGGCUCCACCCAUACUACUAGCUCAUUCGUACUAGUCUUCUCCGACGACCCUCUCCGGUGCUUGUUCCGUUACAGCUUCAAUGGUUCUAUAAUGACCAUAACUCGCUUCCAGCAGACUCAUUCGACUGAACGUGACGAACCCACCAACCCCACAACCAGUUCUGGCGGAGGGACUGCCAUGAGAGUUAUCGUUCCUCUUCAAGGCGUAGUUCAAGGUAGAGGAGGUCUUGUUCUUGGCUCGCUUAUACCUUGUGCUCUCUACUAUUUCUUGCAACUCUACCUCAAACAACGACGUCGUCCUGACCCACCUCCUCCUUCUUCGUCGUCGUCGUCUUCGGAGGGUCGGUUGUCUCCGGGGUCUUCUCCGUCGACGUCGUUGGGGCAAUUGGCCGAGUUUCCUUUCUUGCCACGGAACUUGUCUCGGUCCCUGCUCUCGCCCAGGGGGCAUGGAGGACCGGUUUACGUAUCGGGUCGAGCCAAUUCCAUUUCCAAAGGCGGUGAUUCGCCGUACUAUGUUGGGUUGAGGAAGGUCUCGGAGGAUCCGUAUGACGAGGUUGAUAAUCCGGGUGGUAUUAUUCAGCUUGGUUUGGCAGAAAACAAGUUAUCAUUGGACCUGGUUCGAGAUUGGCUUGUGGAGAACGCAAGGGAAGCUAUAUUGGGUCAUGGAGGAGGAAGUGUUUCUGAGAUGAGUAUUAGUAGGAUUGCAAGUUAUCAACCUUUUGAUGGGUUAAUAGAUUUGAAAGUGGCUGUGGCAGGUUUCAUGUCUCAAGUUAUGGGAAAUUCAGUUUCUUUCAACCCCUCCAAGAUAGUAUUGACAGCUGGUGCAUCCCCUGCAAUAGAAAUUCUAAGCUUUUGCUUAGCAGACAGCGGAAAUGCAUUUCUUGUUCCUACACCAUGUUACCCAGGUUUGGACAGAGAUGUAAAAUGGCGAACUGGAGUAGAUAUAAUACCUGUUCCAUGCCGUAGUACAGACAACUUCGGUCUAAGUAUAACUGCUUUGGAAUUAGCAUUCAACCAGGCAAAAAAACGCGGUAUAAAAGUUCGAGGGGUUAUAAUUUCAAAUCCUUCAAACCCUGUUGGCAAUCUUCUAAGCAGGGAAACACUUUACAGUCUGGUGGACUUUGCCAGAGAAAAGAACAUACAUAUAGUAUCAAAUGAAAUAUUUGCUGGUUCUACUUGUGGAAGUGCAGAGUUUAUAAGCAUGGCGGAAAUUGUUGAUUCAGAAGAUCUGGACCGUGACAGGGUUCAUGUAGUGUAUGGUCUAUCAAAAGAUCUCUCUCUUCCGGGUUUUAGAGUUGGUGUCAUCUACUCCUACAAUGAGAAUAUCUUGGCUGCUGUUAAGAAGUUGACAAGGUUCUCAUCCAUAUCGGCUCCAGCGCAGCACUUGCUUAUAUCUAUGCUUUCAGAUGCAAAAUUUGUUCAGAAGUUUGUUGAGAUCCACAGAGAGAGGCUGAGAAGAAUGUACCAUAAUUUUGUUGCAGGGUUGGAGCAAUUGGGUAUUGAAUGCACUAAGAGCAGUGCAGGUUUCUACUGUUGGGCUGAUAUGAGUAGGUUAAUCUCGUCAUACAGUGAGAAAGGCGAGCUCGAGCUCUGGGAAAGGCUGUUGAGUGUAGCUAAGGUCAAUGUAACUCCUGGAUCUUCUUGUCAUUGUAUUGAGCCUGGAUGGUUUCGUUUCUGUAUUACUACAUUGACUGAAGAAGAUAUUCCUCUUGUCAUGAAACGAAUUCGUAAAAUAUCUGGAGCCUGUAAAUCUCAUAGUUGAAAUUUUUUGUUGGUUCAUUGUGUA